ACCGCACUGGCCUCAGCCAGAUUUCCCAGUCAAACUCUGGAGAAGACAUGCCUUGGACUGUCCUGCUCUUUGCAGCUGGUUCCUUGGUGAUCCCAGCACCAUCCAUCCUGUUGGUGCCGCCCCACCCCAGCAGCCAAGAGGACCCCAUCUAUAUUGCAUGUAUGGCCCCUGGUGGCUUCCCAGGGGCAAACUUUACACUAUAUCAUGGAAGGCAAGUGGUCCAGUUCCUACAGGCUCCUGCGGACCAGCUUGGAGUCACCUUCAACCUGAGUGGCGGUAGCAGGGAAAGUCCAGGGGGCACAUUCCAUUGCCAGUAUGGUGUGCUUGGCGAACACCAGCAGCAGCAGAUGUCAGACCUCAGCGAAGCUGUGCAGGUCUCCUUCCCAGUGCCCACCUGGAUCCUGGUACUGUCCUUGAGCCUGGCUGGAGCCUUCCUCCUCCUUGCUGGGCUGGUGAUCGUUGCUGUGGUGGUCAGGAAAGUUAAAAUAAAAAAAUUACAGAAGAAAAGAGAGCAAGAAUCGUGCUGGGCCCAGAUUAACUUCACCAACACAGACAUGUCCUUCGAUAACUCCCUGUUUGCCAUCUCCAUGAAAACGACUUCAGAAGAAGACACAGCUACCUUGGAUGCUCAUUCAGGAUCCACUGUGACACCUGGCAACGCUGGGCCCCGGAAAAGGCCCACCUCGAUGUCAUCCUCACCUGAACCACCUGAAUUCAGCACUUUCCGGGUUUAGAACUGAAGUUAAGACCUAGGAGUCCCUUUCUCUAUGGUGGUGUGCCCUCCACUCAGCCUCCUCCCAUGAGCUGGGUGGUCCAUGUAGGAUGUGAGGCCUCUCCAGCUAUUUCUGGAGGACCCUGGCGGCUGCUUUCUCAGGGAAUUGAACAGAGAAGAUGAAGGGAACCCUUGGCCUCUGAACUUUCUCAGAGGAGCAAAGUAGGAAGUCUCUCUUUGGAGGACUAGCUCCUCAGGCCACCCUGGAAGGAUAUGUUAGAAUCCCUUCUGGACCCCAGUUGGGCCAUAAAGGAUCUGGGUUCAAUACACCAUACCAGUUCCUCACACCGCUCCCACACCAGUCUCACCUGACUUGGCUAACCCAAGUGGGUUUUGGUGCACAUUUUACACGGGGGUAGGUAUAUUUUGUGUGUCUGUCCUGUUGGUAUG